AUGUAUUCUGGGACUGUGCAGACAGAACUGCCUUGCCACCAGAAACCAGGUGUGAUUGCUCGCCUCCGUGCACUCCCCCUGAAGAGGAACACGCCUUAUUCCGGAUCCUAUGGCGGGCCGCUUCAUUUGCUCAGGGCUGCUGGUGCUGCGGUGUUCGCCGGGGGAAGGCGAAUCCGGCAAGGCCGACACCGCCCCAUCUCCAGGCUUGGGUUGUUCGCUGUCACGCUGGAGCCGCAGCAGCAAAAUUCAACAGAGGUCCUGGUAGACUUCGAAGCAUUUGUGAAGUGGCUGGUUGAGUUAGAGCGCCGGAGAGGCAAAUGUAUAAGAACAUAUCGCAGCCUGGACCGGCGUGUCAGGAGCCUGAUGCGCAGGUUACGAGUUCAGGGUGUGGAGCUGUGCUUUGUCCUGGCGGCUGAUCCGACAGCAAACUGCUGCAGCAAACCUGAGGAUGCAUUCCUCUGGCUGGCUGAGGAACAAAUUGUUGCCUCGCUCUUAAGAGCGCGCUGCUCGUGGAAACAAUGCACUGAAGCACGCGCCAGCGAUGUGCUCAGCAGGCUCGUGGAGGACGAGCCAAAUGUAGCAGCGGUGUUUGGCGGUCCUCAACUAUCUCAGACUGUUGUCGAUGGCCUGAGCUGUGACAGUCCCGAGGCUGCUUUGGAGAGGCUCGCUGUUCUGGCAGAGGCUUCUCCACAACCAAGCCCACAAAUGUUGGAACCAUUCAAGGCCCAGAUGAUCCUGCCUGCUGAGUUUGGCGACGUAGGUCCCGACGCCUUCUUCCCAUCGCUCCUCUUGACACAGCAAGGUGCAUCUUCGGAGCUGAAUAAGUACCUUGUGGAGUUUGCUUCCUUCCUGAUGCAGCAGCCGUUCUUACAGAGGUUGCGUUGCUUGCCUGCAGAGGCCAAAGCUUGGCUGAUGGAACGCGCAGUUCGGUCAGCAGGAUUGGGCGAUACAUGGCUUGCCGAAUGGGCUCAAUUGGCGGAGAAACUCCUGGAGACAGACAUAAGCAAUGAGAGCCAGUGGAAUGUCCAAGAGUUUGGGCUGGCAGCAGCCUCCCUAUUGGCAAGGUCUGUGCCUGUACUGGAAGAGGAGCUGGAAGCCUUAGCGUGGAUGGUCGAGCUGAUGAAGCCCAGGCGACAGCCUUCAGCCUUUUAUGAUUCAGUGAUGACUUCUCUUGAUCUCCUACUGCAGGAUUUGCAGGUCGGCGAAGCCGAGCUAGGGGAGCGCGCCGCGGCAAUUGCAGUUGGAUUUCAGGAGAUUUUGCGUGGUCUUAUUUGCAUUCAGAGUUUAUUGGCAUUGGAGAAGCCCUCGUUGGUGGAGCCACGGGAUUGUUUUGACGACACUCUAUACAGAAAGCUUCUUGUGGCUUUGCAAGCAGGAGCAGACCUCCAACGGCAUCUUGGGGGUCCAAGACGCCCUGGCACAAGUGGGAAAAGUGGCAAAGCAAGCUUGGCUGCAACCCGUGCAAAACGACUGGCGCGGCUUCUGACCAGUGCUUUACCAUUGGCAUCGGAUGAUGAGCAAGAGAGAGAAGAGAAGAUAUCUGACUUGAUCCUGCGAGAGAAGGAGGUCAAGAGUGAAUUCCUGCAAGAAAAGACUGAGGAGGCAAAGUUUUCGGCAUCAGCAUGGCGCGAAAGCAGAGGAAUCCAGCGCACAGAAGUACAAAGAUUGCCCAAGAGGCCAGAGAAGCUCCUGUCACCAGAGGUGUCACCAGAGGUACCAGACGUGCCACAAUAUCGUCCAAAAGUGCGAAGUUCACUGGCCAAAGAGGUUGCCGCUCGCACACCACCACCUGGCAACAUGUGGUUCAUUCCGGGCAAGACCGAGACUGCGCAGUCCAAGAACAAACGGCAAGAAGAUGUAACACAGGCAGCUGAAAAGGAAGAAGAAGAAGAAGCAGAAGAAGAAGAAGAAGAAGAAGAAGAAAAAGAAAAAGAAGAAGAAGAAAAAAAAGAGGCAGACUCAGAGGCCAAAGUGCAGCAGAAGCGAUUACAACAAAAUCAAGCAGAAGCCGAACUUCUUCAAGAGGCAUGGAAGAAUUUGGAAGACGAUCGGCAGUUGGCAAGGGCAAUGGCCCAUGACACUUUACCCAAGUUUUGGGAGAAUCUUUGGGAUGAGGCGCCAGAUUCUAUUUUCAAGGAGAAUGCUUGGGAGCAGCUUGAGAGCCGCAAAGCAGGUCACCCUGAAGAGGAGUUGCCUAUUGAAGGAAUGCGUAGCAAGAUAGUGGAGCAUGUUCGCGACCAUCGAGCGACUAUUUUGGUGGGAGCAACAGGAUGUGGAAAGUCCACACGAUUGCCACAGUACAUCAUGGACGAGCCAAGAGCAUCGGUUCUUGUAACUCAGCCUCGCCGUGUUGCUGCAGUUGAGAUUGCCAAGCGAGUGGCCUCAGAACGGGGAGAACCCGUAGGCCAAAAUGUUGGCUAUCGCAUAUCUGGUGAGACGUUGGUAGGAAGUGGCAAGCUGCAGUUCGCCACUAUAGGCUAUGUGCUGACCUGGUUUCUUGCGAACCCUGAGCAGUUUGGAAAGUUCAGUCACAUCGUAAUCGACGAGGUUCACGAGCGAGGAGCAGACAUGGAGCUGUUCUUGCUGUUGACGAAGCUCCUGAUGUACCUCUUCCCACGCCCCAAGGUCAUUUUGAUGUCAGCUACGAUGCAGCCUGACGAAUUCCGCAGCUACUACUCCGAUUUUGCGAUAGGCGAGCCUUUAAGCGUGCCUGGGCGAACCUUCCCUGUCGAAGAGCUCUUCCUGGACGAUUUGCUGUCGGAGUACAGUGACAGCUUGCCGCCCUCUGUUCUCACUCUCCUGGAGGCAGCGGCAGAGCAAUUCGAACAGCUGUCUGAGGAUGACCUCAAGUCCCCAAGCAUUCUUCCGGGGCUGCUUGAACUGGCGGUGCAGCUGUGUCCGCAUUUUGCGCAGCCGGACUCGACAAUGCUGAUUUUCCUACCCGGGCUCCUGGAGCUCAACAAACUCUCAGAUUUGUUUUCAGAGGUCUUGAAUGCAAUGCCAAGGCAAACUUUGCAAGGGCUGUCCAGCUUCAAGACUUUUGUGCUGCAUUCAAUGGUCCCCAGAACCGAGCAGGAAGAGGUCUUCAAGCCGCCUACAGGCAUCGACGUGGUUGCCAUUUCAAGUCAUCCGGGACACUUGCUGGUUCUGGACUGCGAAGGCGGCAACAACGCCAUGUCUAAGAGCCAUUCCAUCGUCACCGUGGUUGGGGCGCUUUUCGCAACUGCACUAAUCUUCGUCACGGAUGGGAAAGCUUCAGAGGCCGCAGUGGAGGCAUUGGCACGGAUGCUUGAGGAGCGGUCUCUCAUCAAAUGCGAUGGGACAGGGUCUUUGCAGGCUCAAACGCUUCUUUUCGUUGUGAAUCAAAGCAGGCUGAGAUAUGGAGAAGAUGCGCUGGAGAAGAUCUUGUCUGCAGACCAUAGUGAAGAACGCAAGGAGAUUCGAAGCCUCAUCAGCAAGGCGUACCCUGAGCACCGGCGGCACUUUUUCACGAUUCCCGUGGAUAACAAAUCCGAGUUUGAGGACAGAUGGGAGAAACUGAAUGAAGCCAUUCGAGAUGCAGCGAAGCCGUUAUCCAUGGGGAAGCUUUGGAUGACCGGUAAGCAGGUGGUGCAGAUGCUACGCCGCGUGGAGGAAGAGCUGCGUACUCGUGGCAAGGUGAGCUUACCAUCCUUGCACCGACAUGUGAUUCUGGAUGGCUGGCUGAAGCCCAAAGUGGGCCAGGUGCUGCAAUCUCGGAUGGACAAGCUCUUGGAAGACCUUUCGCAGGAUCAAUUUGCUUCGCAAAAAGUGGGAAGUGUGGAAGGCUACUGCUCUGGGUGCCAGAAUUCAAAGAAAGGCUGGCUAGACCCUGAUGUGGAAGAGUUCUUUUGUGAGGAUUGUUGGCGGACCUUUUCACCCAAGGUGCUGAAGUGCUGCUUUUGCGGCAACUUCUUCCCGUGGAUCUUGGGCCGUGUUGAGCAAGUGACGAAGAUGUGGCAUUGCACCGACUGCCUUAUGCAAUUGGGCAUUGACAUCACGGAUUGA